AUGCUGUCAGCGUCACUCAAUGUGCUCUGGGAACGACGAUGCUCGGAAUUACCCGGCUCACGCAAGUGCAGAAGGGAAUCUGGAGCUCUGAUCUUCGCCAAUGAACGAAGACCAGGGAUGCUGUUACUUACGCCAGAAAUUCGAAGAUCAUGUGGGCAGGAUACGUUAUGCGAUAUCGUGAUGACCGUGGACCAGGGCGGUUGUUGA